AUGGUGCUUAAGAACUCUGGUCGUGGAGGAUGCGCGGUGGACAAGGCCCGCCGGAACUGGUGUCCAUUUUGCCGGUUGCAAAAGUGCUUCCUGGUGGGGAUGAAUGCAACUGCUGUGCAAGAAGAACGAGGUCCUCGGAAGAUCAAACGCCUAGCCGCCAGAAUAUCCUUUCUGAAGAAACCACACACAGUGAAGCUUCUUUGUGAAGAUAGCUCAGCACCACAAAUUCUAACUCAGGUUCUGGUGGCUUGCAUACGGCAAGCCAGAGUUAACGAAAGCUUUGCCUUAUUCAGUCGAGAACAGCAGAAUCGUAUCCUGCGCCACGUUUGGUUCGAAUGCUUUCUUCUAAGAGUUGCCAAUUGGUCUAUAGAUAUAUCAGCAAUCGUUAAUAGAUGUUCAGAUGAAAUUUUGAAAAACAUUGUCUACAACACCAAGUCGUUGCAGGUGGAUUUGAUUGAAAUUGCCCUGAUGGAAACAUUGAUCCUUUGCCGUAAAGAAUUCGCCUUGGGUGCAAAGGAAACCCAACAACUGGAAAGCACAUCCGAGACAGCGCUAAUCGCCCUGGGCCACUACAGCAUGCAACAGAUGGGUGGUGCGCUUCUGGCGGCAGAAGGCCAGGACCUCUCCAGGACGAUUUCGUCGCCACCCCCAUCGUCGUCGGAGGGCGGGUCAAAUGGGACGACGACACUGAUGCCGCCCCCUUUCGCUCUUCCCCCUCCGCUUUGCUACAGAUUCGGCAAAUUGCUGCUCGGGCUGAGAGGUUUAUCGAUGCCCUGCUACGAGUCCUCGGUACGUGCCAUGUUUCGGGCGGUCACGGGAGGGGACGAUACCCUAAUGGAGCACUUUGUAACCAAAUUAUAG